AAGAGACGACAAGAAGACAAGAACAGGACAGACGUUGAGUCGGACGGUUGAAAACUGAAGCGACGUUGUUUUCUUUUUUUCCGUAGUGACUGCUGGUGUGAUAUUCGCCAAAGAAGAGUAGAAACAAGAGCAAAGGUCGAUGAGUUCAGUCUAUUUAUUUUCCUUAGCAGAUUUAUCUUGAUAUCGACAACUGCACACGCACAGGUGCAAGCUAGGGACUCGGGGAAUCAGACCAGACAGAGAGCUGUGUUGACUCAAACGUCGCUGCAAAAUGGAGGGCAUCAAAGUAGCGCUGGUCGCAUUUCUGGUGGUAGUUUGCGAGGGAUCGCCAGUCGAGAAAAGACAAGUACAAGUACAACUACCGAAUAAUCUGUUACAAAGCGGCAGUCUUUUGUCUGAGUACAUCAUGAUGAUCAUGGACCAAAUCUUACAAGUGAACGAAAAUGAAGGCAUGGACCUGUUUGAGGGUGAUAUCAAGGGCGUUGAUUGGACUACGAGGAAUGCUAUCCGUGACAGGACUAAGAUCUGGCAGACCAGGGAGGUGCCGUACAUCAUAGACCCCUCAGUCUCUCCCGAGGCGCAGGCAGCCAUCCAGGAGGCUAUCCAGGAGUUCCACUCCAAGACGUGUCUGAGGUUCAGACAGAGAACCACGGAGACAGACUACAUCCUCUUCAAGAAAAUCGGCGGCUGCUGGUCUAACGUUGGCCGGACGGGCGGAAUGCAGGAGUUGUCUGUGGGGGACGGGUGCGAGUUUAAGGGCACGGUGGCUCACGAGAUGAUGCACGCUCUGGGCUUCUGGCACGAGCAGUCGCGGACGGACAGGGACAACUACAUCAACGUCAUGUGGCAGAACAUUCAGGACGGGAAGGAGCACAACUUCAACAAGUACUCUCAGGACCAGGUGGACACCCUGGGCAUGCCCUACGACUACGGCUCCAUCAUGCACUACUCGCAGUACGCCUUCUCCAAGAACGGCCAGCCCACCAUCACCCCCAAACAGUCCACCCCUGACGCCCUCGGCCAGAGGAACGGGCUCAGCGACACGGACGUGCAGAAGAUCCAGCUGCUCUACAGCUGCUCAGGAGGUUCUUCUGGCUCGGGAACAACCGGCACUGCGGCCCCUACCGUUACCCCCAACAACUGGUCCAGCUGGUCCAGUUGGAGCGAGUGUAGCCUGGACUGUCAGAAGACCCGCCAGCGUUUCUGCACCGACGCAAACAACGUCGGUUGUGUGGGAGACUCCACUGAGGUGGCGCAGUGCCCACUGCCUUGCUCUCCCGUGACAGCUAUCGGCUGCUGGGUGGACAACCUGAGUUCCCCUCCGGUACCUUCCAUGGAGAACUCUGAUGCUAGCCUGGCCGACAACUACAGAACCCGCACCAGCGCUAUCAGGAAAUGCGCCGACGUCGCUAAUGCACGUGGCUACCAGGUGUUCGCGAUCGGUGACAACGGCAAGUGUUACUCCAGCUCCACCGCCCACACCACGUACAUGUCCCUCGGUCCGUCCGGCGGCUGCAGCGCGAACGGCAGGGGAGGAACCAACGCCAUCAACGCCUAUUCGUUCUCUUCAGGAUCGAUCGACGGGCAGUGGGGUGAGUGGGGACCGUGGGGCACGUGCACCAAGUCCUGUGGCGUCGGCACUCAGCACCGCUACCGGCAGUGCAACAACCCGAUCCCUGCGAACGGCGGAGCCGACUGCCAAGGGAACAAUUUUGAAGUGCAGUUCUGCAACACUGAUGAGUGCCCAGCCAACCCCGUGUGCGGUCCGUCCGACCGGGUGGGCCCGAGCGGGGAGAUCAGGCUUACCACGUUCCCCGCCCCGUACGAACCCUUCCUGAACUGCCGGUACAACAUUGACGGCCAGGGGCUGCCCAUCACCCUGGAGUUCCUGGACCUGGACAUCGAGUACGCCUCCAGAUGUGUUUACGACUACCUCAAGGUGUAUGACGGGACGUCUGAGUCUGACGUCAUGCUGGGGAACAUCUGCGGCACCACGUCACCGGGCACCAUUACGUCAUCAGGGGACAAGCUCUUCCUCCUCUUCAAGAGUGACGACUCGACCAGCGGCCGCGGCUACAGGAUCAGAUACACCGUCGCAACCCCAACACAGGCACCAACGACCACCACGCCGAAGCCGACCACCACGCCUCGGCCAACCACUACAACGCGUCCGACCACUACACCUCGCCCUACAACGCAGACUACCACUACACCUAAGCCUACAACCACUCCUCGCCCUACAACCCAGACCACCACUACGCCUCGCCCUACAACCCAGACCACCACCACCCCUCGCCCCACCACACAGACUACAACCACCCCUCAGCCUGCCACGACUCCAAGGCCGGUCGUCACUACCACAACCACCACCCCCGCUCCAGUCACCAACCCCACCACUUAUGUUGACGACUGUCAGAACCUGAGCCCCCUGUGUGGGGCCAACCCCGGCUGGCCUACCUUCGACUCCUGUAGCACCGACUACGUCAGGGACAACUGCCCACAGUUCUGCGGACUGUGCACAUGUGACAACAGACCCUGCUAUAACGGCGGCCACCGUGGAGGGAACCCAAACAACUACGGAGAGAACACGUGUGACUGUAACUGUGUGGACAACUGGAGCGGCCCAACGUGCCAAGUUUGCAACCUGCAGUGUUUGAACGGAGGUGUUCUGGACCGGUCCAGCUGUACCUGUCUCUGUCCACACGGCUUUGACGGGGAAACCUGCGCUGAAACUUGCCGGGACAGCAGCGAGCUGUGCGGAGCGAACCCCGGCUGGCCAAGUGUGGACUCCUGCGUGCACAGCUACGUGCGGGACAACUGCCACGCCAUGUGUGGUGUCUGCAGUACGUCAGUCAAUCUGUUGACUUAUCUUCAUGUCUGUAUCUUUUUCUUUCCAGAUCUCGCACCCACACCUGCGCCAACUGGAGCUGCCUGUCAGAACAAGAGUCCCCUGUGCGGCGCCAACCCCGGCUGGCCCACCACCGAGUCAUGCAGGACCGACUAUGUCCGGGAGAACUGCCCACAAUUCUGCGGACUGUGCUCCUGUGGGAAGACCUGUGCUAAUGGCGGGACCGUGGCUGGCAAUCCCGACAAUUAUCUGGAGCACACGUGCGACUGUAACUGUGCGGGGCUGUGGAGCGGGGAACUUUGUGACGAGUGCAAUGUCCAGUGCCUGAAUGGCGGAGUCUUGGACCGUUCUACCUGUACCUGCAGCUGUCCACCGGGCUUCAGCGGAGAGAAAUGUGAAGGUAAACGGGCAGACGACAGUACUGCAGAGUCGUGUCAGAACGUGAGCCCCCUGUGCGGCCGGAGCCCCGGCUGGCCGUACGUGUCCCAGUGCUCCACAGACUACGUCAAGGAGAACUGCCAACAGUUCUGCGGAGUGUGCAGUAAGUAUCUGUGGACAUUUAGUUUAGUCAAAGCUGCAGUGCGACUCCAUGUGCUAACGGCGGGACCCGCGGCGGGAACCCGGACAACUACGGCGCCAACACCUGCGACUGUAACUGUGCCGGCCUGUGGAGCGGACCAACCUGCCAAGAAUGCAACGUGCAGUGUGCUAAUGGCGGCGUGUUGGACCGGUCCACCUGCACGUGUCAGUGUGCGGAUGGGUUUGACGGGGAAACUUGCACCGAGUCCUGCCAGGACAGCAGCGACUUGUGUGGUGCAAACCCCGGAUGGCCGACCUCUGACCUCUGUGCUAUCGAUUACGUCAGAGACAACUGUCACGCUUUCUGUGGCAUCUGUGUGCCUUGAAGAAGAUGGGUCCAGAUGGAAGGAGAGAUUCGCCAACCGGCCGAGACAUCUGUGGACUAGAAUACCUUAGACUUGCACGUGUGCGUUUGUGUUAUUUUACAAAUUAUAUCUUCUGGCCCUUUGUCAUAUCUAGUCAGGUCAUUGCCCUACGCUUUUUACCCCCAAGUAUUUUAUCAAAUGAGCUGAAAAUUAAACAGAUCCCCAAGAAUGUACCUAUACAUCUAGAUAUCUCAUAUAUUUUCCUUUGAGAAUUUAUUCAUCAUCAUUUUGAGGUGUAAGUUCUACUCGUGAAUGAGGAACUUUCAGCAUGUUUGCCUCCAGAUCACGUUGUCAGGAGGUAAUAUAACGUUAUGGUUUGAGAAAUAAAGUGCAGAACAAGACCAUUAAACUGAUAACGUACAAAUAACAGGACUUCUCUUCCCUUUCUUCGACUUUUUCCACCAAUAAAUGUAGUUUGAA